AAGAAUCUUUUCACAUUCUCACGGAGGAAAGUAAAAUUAUGUGUGCCAAGAAAACAAAAUCAAAGUUUGGGUGCUUUAGUUACGUCUUUGGUGAUCGAUCUCGUUCUUCAAGAUGGCGAAAAGCUUCAAAGUGAAUUAAUCUGUCUUGUUUGCAGCAAACUACAUAUCCAGAAUCUGCUAUGUUCUAUUAAAUUACAUCGGAGUCGAAGAGAGUGUAUGGUCAGACAAUCCCGCUCUGAUAUCGCUCAGCUCCUUUCUAAUGGCCGCUUUUCAGAAGCUCUUCCAAAGGCGAAGCAAUUCUAUGAAGACGAGAGAAGGUUAUCGGCGUAUGAUCAGGUCGAGCUCUUCUGCACAUCCAUCUUGCAGAAUAUAUCUUCUUUGAAACAUGAAAGCGAUGUUAAUUUGUUACUGGAAGAAACUAAAGAAGCAAUGGCCGGAAUGAUAUUUGCUGCAUCAAGAAUUGGCGAGCUUGAGGAUCUUCAACACAUAAGGAGCUUGUUCGUCCAAAGAUUUGGGCUUAAGUUUGACAAAGACUGUGUAGAUUUGCGCCAAGGAAACGUCGUGGGUUCUGAGAUAGUCAAGAUUCUAGACACAAGUGUGCGGAAAGAUGAAAUUACAGAUAUUGUAAUGGAACUUUCUCAAAAGUACCAAACCAACAUCGCUACUUCUGCGGAUUCAAUAAGUGAAGAUUCAGCUUCAAGUGACGAUCUUGGCAUUUCCGAUCCUGAUGCGAUGAAGGUAGAGAAAAUGAAAAGGGUUAGGAGAAAGGAAGUUGUGAAGGAGAAUUCUAAGUUUAUGCAUCCAAAUCUUGGAGAGUUCCAAGGAAGAGAUCGAUCAUUCAUGAGAUAAGGGUUUGAUUGCGAUUGUUGUAUGGUUCAGAGGUUUUCACUAAAAGUCAAACCUUAGU